AUGUCUUAUAUAUUUAACGAUAAACCAAGUGUGUGUCAUGGUUAUGAUGCAUUUACUGUUAAAGGAUUUGACAAUUGGAAAAAAGUUAAUGGCGGGAAAAAUUGUGCGUUCUUGAAGCAUAUUGGUUGUUCACAACAUAGAAAUGCAGUUGCAUUCACUGAAAACUUGAUGGACCAAGAAGCACACAUUGAAAAUAUCAUAGUGAAGCAAAAUGAAGCGCAGAUAUUGAAGAAUCUUUUACGAUUAAAAAGUUCGAUUGACAUAGUUCGUUGGUUGACAUUCCAAGCUUGUGCUUUACGAGGAAAUGAUGAAAGUCCUAAUUCCAAAAAUCCUGGUAAUUUUCUCCAACUACUAAAACUUAUAGCAUCUUAUAAUGAUGAAGUUGCAAAUGUUAUAUUAGAGAAAGCUCCUUAUAAUUUCAAUGAAGUGGGGAAUUCAUACUUUUGUUUCAUGGUUGAUGAGUCACAAGAUGAGUCUAAAAAAGAGCAAAUGACCAUAGUUUUGAUAUUUGUUGAUGCAGAAGGGAUCAUACGGGAAAGAUUCUUGGAUUUGGUUCAUAUCAAGGCACUUGUUCUUAAGGAUUUUCCUUAUGUGUAUUAUGUUCACUGCUUUGCUCACAGAUUACAACGAGCACUGGUGGCUGCUUCAAGAGAAAUUAUUCAUGUGCACCAAUUUUUUUCAAACUUAAUUUUUACAAUUAAUGUGGUUUGUGCUUCUAGUAAGCGUCAUGAUGAGUUACAAGAGGCAAAGACAAUAGAGAUUGAGCAUUUAUUGGAACUUGGUGAAAUUGAAUCAGAUUUGUUUACAUCCACAUUGGACAAACAAUUACAUGAGUUGAAUAGUAGAUUCAAUGAUCAGGUGAUGGAGUUGUUACGUCUUAGUUCUACUUUAGUUUCAAAAGAACACCCUAAAGUGAUUAACAUUGAUCAGAUUUGUCUUCUUGUUGAGAAGUAUUAUCCUGAAGAUUUUAGGGAGCAGGAGAGAAUUUAA